AUGGAUGAUCGCCCCAGCCAAUCCCCCGCGGCUCCUCCAUCGCCCAACCCCCGUAGCUGCAUCCUGUGCAACCGCCGGAAGGUCCGAUGCGACCGUCAGGUCCCUUGCGGCCGUUGUGUCAAGGGCGGCGAGAAAUGCGUGUUUCCGGGACCCAAGCGAGCUCCCCGCCAACUGAAACGCCCGCCCAUCUCCGAAGUGCUGGCUCAGCUGCGGCACCUGGAGGAUGAGGUCCAGAAACUUCGUACUCAUCCUCCGGCGGCGGAUUCCGGGUCAGCUGCCAGCUCCUCCCCACUGGGAUUCCCCGCCGAACGUGGUCCGGUGGGCCCCAGCAACCAGGAGGGCCGUCUGGUGAUCAAGGAGAACAAGAGUCGAUACAUUGGCGAUGAGGCCUCUGCCGUCUUGGGGGAUAAGAUUCGAGAACUGCAGGACAUCUGCGACGGAUCGUCUUCCGAUGAUGAGUCUGAUGUCCCGGAGCUGACAAGCCUGCAAUUCGUGGGCGCGCUGGGCGGCAACUGGCGAGAUCAUAGCUUGCGAGACAACUAUCUUCAGCCCGCCCGAAUCCAACUCUUAUGGCGUGUGUACCAAAACAAUGUCGCCCCGCUUAUCGCCGUUCUUCACACGCCGUCGGUCGAGGUCAUGGUUCGUCAGGAAGCCGACAACAUUAAUCCCGAUCCUGCCCGGGAGGCCUUGAUUCUCGCGGUGUGCUUUGCGGCCAUUGUUUCCCUGCCCCCGGACCAGUGUCCGGCGAUACUAGGUCUAGAUUACGACCGAGCCCUCCAGAGCUACCGACGCGGUGUCGACCAAGCUUUGGUUCGAGCCAACUUUAUCAAGUCUCAGAACAUCUGCGUGCUUCAAGCUGCCGUGGUCUUUUUGCUCAGUCUGCGUUACAGAAGCGACUCCAGACUGGUGUGGGCUGCGUCGGGAGUAGUUGUCCGAGUUGCUCAAGGGCAAGGGGUCCAUCGAGAUGGCCAGGCUCUAGGACUGAGCCCGUUUGACGCCGAAAUGCGACGCAGGCUGUGGUGGCACAUUUGCGUACUCGAUAUGAUUUCCUCGGAAGACCAAGGAACCGACACUCAAAUUCAUCCGGGGAUGUUUGACACGCGCCUUCCCUCCAAUAUUGACGUGCGGGACCUGUCGCCAUCCCUGACUGAGUUACCACCGGAGAGAAUCGGUGCGACGGAUAUUACACUGGCCAUUGUCCAGUGUGAGAUCAUCUCCAAACUCCACUGGUCCAAUCGAUCUUAUGAUGCGAAUGACCCGGCAUCUACGAGUGAUCGCGAAACAAUAGUAACCACAUUGGCAAAUGCUCUUGAGGAGCGAUAUUUGCAACAUUUGAACAUGGAUGUCCCGAUCGAAUGGGUCUAUGCAAUGAUUGUCCGACUGACUUUGUCGAAGAUCUGGCUGUCAGUCCAUUACAGAGAUCUGGCCGGUAUGGGACAGACGGGGUUGUCGCAAGAGGCCUGUGAUGACGCGUUCGAGGCUGCCAUUGAAACAGUCAAAUUUACCAUUCUGUUACACACGAACGAGACCACGUCACAAUGGGCAUGGCUGUGCAAGAGCUACAAGCAAUGGCAUCCGGUUGCAUUCAUCCUGGCCGAGUUGUGCACCCGCCCGAUCACGGUGCAGACAAAUCAUGCCUGGGAUAUGGUGACGGAAAUCCAUGGCCAGUGGGAGCAGGAUGAAUCGCAAACGAGCAUUAUGCUUCGAAAGCCGUUGAAGCGACUGAUGGAGCGGGCGGCUGUAGCCAGGGCUGCCAAGAUGGAGGUGUCUCCAUCACUUGGGACUCUGCAUACAGCUAUUGAUCCCGCUUUAGAAAGUUCGAUUCCCAUUGGACCGGAGACUGGAAUUAAAUCAGAUAUGUAUUCAAUCGAUGAGUUUGGUAUCUCAGGCAUGAACUGGAUCUGGGAGCCACUAAUGUGA